AUGGGUUCAAUCCUUAAUGACAAGAACGUUUUUGAAAACAAACCUCUUCAUAUUGUUAUGCUUCCAUGGUUAGCAAUGGGACACAUAUAUCCUUACUUCGAAGUUGCCAAAAUUCUUGCUUCAAAGGGUCACACUGUCACCUUCAUCAACUCUCCCAAAAACAUUGAUCAAAUCCCAAAACCUCCCAAAACCAUUCAACCAUUCAUCAACUUAGUAAAACUACCUUUACCACAUGUAGAACACCUUCCAGAAGGUGCAGAAAACACCAUGGACAUUCAACCAAACAUGAACCGUUACCUUAAACUAGCUUACGAAGGACUAGAAAACGAUGUCACCGAGAUUCUCAAAACCUCCAAACCUGAUUGGGUUUUCUACGAUUUCGCUUCUGGUUGGUUAGCACCAAUAGCGAAAUCGCUAAACAUUGCUUCUGCUCAUUACAACAUUACACCAGCUUGGAACAAGUGUUUCUUUGAUCCACCUAAGGAUCAAGUCAAAAAAGAUUUCAAACUCGAAGAUAUGUGCGGUCCACCGAAAUGGGUUCCUUUUCAAACAACCAUUCAUCUUAAGCCUUAUGAGAUCAUUCGAGCUUUCACUGCUUUAAGAGAUGAAUCAGGUGGAAUGGCUGGUUUUGAUCUUAAUAAAGCUUAUUCGAGUUGCGAUCUUUUUCUUCUUAGAACUUCUAGAGAGCUUGAAGGUGAAUGGUUGGAUUAUAUCUCUGAUCAGUACAAGGUUCCUGUUGUUCCUGUUGGAUUGCUUCCGCCGUCUAUGCAGAUAAGAGACAAUGAAGAGGAAGAGAAUAAUCCUGAUUGGGUGGAAAUCAAAGAAUGGUUGGAUUCAAGAGAUUUAUCUUCUGUUGUUUACAUUGGAUUUGGGAGUGAGUUGAAGUUGAGUCAGAAAGAUUUAACUGAAUUAGCUCAUGGAAUAGAGCUUUCGGGUUUACCUUUCUUUUGGGCUUUGAAGAAUCUGAAAGAAGGUACACUUGAAUUACCUGAAGGGUUUGAGGAUAGAACGAAGGAACGAGGAAUCGUUUGGAAAACAUGGGCGCCUCAGCUUAAGAUUUUAGCUCAUGGAGCUAUUGGUGGAUGUAUGAGUCAUUGUGGUUCUGGUUCGGUUAUUGAGAAGAUUCAUUAUGGACAUGUUCUUGUGACACUGCCUUAUUUGCUUGAUCAGUGUUUGUUUUCGAGGGCAUUGGUGGAAAAGGAAGUGGCUGUUGAGGUACCAAGGAGUGAGGAAGAUGGUUCCUUUACUAGGGAUUCUGUGGCUCAUACGUUGAGGUUAGCUAUAGUGGAUGAGGAAGGAAGUAGUUUGAGGAACAAUGCUAACGAGAUGGGGAAGAUUUUCAGUUCUAAAGAUCUUCAUGAUCAAUAUAUUGAUGAUCUCAUUGCUGCUCUUUAUAAGUAUGGAGCUCCUUCUGAUUCCAAAAAUAAAGGAGACUAG